GAAGCUUGCCAUUCAUUAGGAGUUAUGCAUCGAGACCUUAAGCCCGAGAAUUUUCUCUUUGUCAGUCAGGAGGAGGAUGCACUUCUUAAAACUAUUGAUUUUGGAUUAUCUAUUUUCUUGAAGCCAGGAGAAAAGUUUACUGAUGCGGUAGGGAGCCCAUAUUAUGUCGCUCCAGAAGUCUUACGAAAGCGUUGUGGUCCAGAAGCAGAUGUUUGGAGCGCUGGAGUGAUUCUUUAUAUUUUAUUAAGUGGGGUACCUCCAUUUUGGGCUGAAACGGAGCAAGGAAUAUUUGAUCAGGUCUUGCAUGGUGAGCUAGACUUUUCAUCAGAUCCCUGGCCUAGUAUCUCUGACAGUGCCAAAGAUUUAGUAAGGAGAAUGCUUGUCCGAGACCCUAGAAAGCGGCUGACUGCACACGAAGUUUUGUGCCACCCCUGGGUGCAAGUUGAUGGUGUGGCUCCUGAUAAGGCUCUUGAUUCUGCAGUUCUAAGUCGCUUAAAGCAAUUUUCAGCUAUGAACAAGCUGAAGAAAAUGGCUCUUAGGGACUGUUAUGAGUAUCUAUUUAAAUACAAUUGGAUAGGCAAGAAAUGGAUGACUUGAUGAAGCAAGAUGAGC